UAGUCAGUCCACCAGGAGGGAGAGAGAGAGAGAGAGAGAGAGAGAGAGAGAGAGAGUAGGGUCACGGGUUUGUCUUGAAAAGCCCUUAUUUUCCACAGUUCUAGACAGACAGACAGACACAUAUUCUCUCUUUCACUACCCCCAUUUCCCCCGAGGACAGUAAGUAGUAUUAAACAAACAAAUCAGCUAGCCCUCUCUCCUCCAACUCUCCCCAUCACCACCACAACCCCAAAAACCCAGAACAAAAACCCCAACCCCUUUCUCUCUCUCUCUCUCUCUCUCUCUCUCUCUCCAAUGGCGCUGAUGCUGGACAACUGCGAGGGGAUAUUACUCUCGCUGGACUCCCACAAAUCAGUACCAGCUCCGUUCCUAACCAAAACGUACCAGCUGGUGGACGACCCUUCCACCGACCACAUAGUCUCCUGGGGCGAGGACGACUCCACCUUCGUCGUCUGGCGUCCCCCCGAGUUCGCCCGCGACCUCCUCCCCAACUACUUCAAGCACAACAACUUCUCCAGCUUCGUCCGCCAGCUCAACACCUACGGUUUUAGGAAGAUUGUACCGGACAGGUGGGAGUUCGCGAACGAGUAUUUCAAGAAGGGAGAGAAGCAUCUUCUAUGCGAGAUCCACCGGAGGAAAACCUCUCAACCACAACAAAUGCCCAUCAACCACCACCACCACUCUCCCGUUGGCGGCGGACCGAGUUUUUUCCCGUACCCAACCCGAUCCAGCAUGUCCCCGCCCGACUCGGACGAGCUCGUUCCAAACUGGUGCGACUCUCCCCCUCCGCCGCCUCCCCCGCCACGGACCACCGUUGUGGCUGCUAACCUUGGCGGAUGUUAUAACAACAACAACAACAACGGAUCAGUAACGGCUGCGCUUUCGGAGGACAACGAGAGGCUGCGGAGGAGCAACAACAUGCUAAUAUCCGAACUCGCUCACAUGAAGAAACUGUACAAUGACAUUAUCUACUUUGUCCAGAAUCACGUGAAGCCCGUUGCUCCUAGCAAUACUUACAACCCUUCUUCUCUAUUUAUAUCAAAUUCGCCGCUGCCUUUGCCGGCUUUCGCUACGCAAAGGGCUCAAAAUUACAGUCUGAUUGGGAUCAAUCAUCACCAAAAUCACCAGUACUCCUCUAGCCCUAGUUUUAAACAAGUCGCGAUGAUCGAAGACGGGAGCGAAACCCGGACGAAGCUGUUCGGUGUGCAUUUGCAAUCCAAGAAGGCGAGAUUGGUGAUGGAAAAGGAUGAUUUAGGGUUGAAUCUCAUGCCUCCUUCCCCAUGUUAGUUUCAUUCUUCCAUUUUUUUUUUCUCUCUUUUCUUUUCUUUUCUUUUUUUUUUUUUUUUUUGGGAUUGAGAAACUUAAAUUUAUGUUCUCUUGGUUUAGAUUGUGAUCUUGUUUUUCUUUUUUUCUACCAUGGGUCUGAGAGAGUCUGAUAUGGUUGAGGAGGAAUGUGUGUUUGUGAGUGUGUGUGUGUGUUUGUAUAUAACUUGAGAUGAGGUUAUUAUAUCUUUGUUCCCAUCCCUUUUAGAGUGAUCGAAGAUGUAAAGCAGUAUUUUCUCCUUUAA